UCAAGGGGAUUUCUCAGUGCGCAGGAAGUCGAGUCAGACAGCAGAGUGGAAGAACUCUUAAGGUUGUACAUUUUUUAAGAAGCCUGGAAUUUCUUUGUCUUGAAUAAUGUUGGUAGUAUUUUACUGUCGAUCAGCUUGCCAGUUGAUUGCUAGGCGAGGAUGUGUGUAGAUGUAAAUGUAUGUCGAUCGCAUUGAUCUAAUGGGCGGUGAUUUGAAUAGUUUGGUAUGACACAGAAAGAGGAUUGAAACCUAGAGGCACAACAUUUACAAGUAAAAUGCUGACCUGCUUUUGACGCAAAAAAAGUGACGUGGAAAUAUUUUAUACAGCGGUGGUGACAUAGAAAGCUUGCCGAUGGCCAGACGCGGAAGUGAAACAUCUGUGGAUCAGCCCAGAUCUUAUUUUCUGUACAGUCAGAAUUAUGGAUCCGAUGUUCUUGCUAAGUUAAAUGCUCUUCGGCAGGAUGCCACAUUCACAGAUGUCAUAUUAUGUGUAGGCCAUGAAGAGUUACCAUGCCAUCGCAACAUCUUGGCGGUUAGCAGCCCGUAUUUCCGCGCCAUGUUUACUAGUGAAUUAAGAGAGCGUCAUGAGAGUAGAAUAUGCUUCAACGAAGUUUCCCCGUGGACUUUGAAACGAAUUAUCGACUACGCUUACAGUGGGCGUCUGGAAAUCACUCAAGAUAAUGCUCAGGAAAUGUUGUCUGCUGGCAAUUUAUUUGAAUAUCCAGACAUAGUCGAGGCAUGCUGCGGUUUCUUCAAACGGCAACUACAUUAUUCAAACUGUCUAGGCAUCGAAAAUUUUGCUCAAAUUCAUUCUUGUAAAAAGUUAGAGGAGGAGGCUAUUAAGUAUGCGUUAGAGAACUUCAGUCGUGUCGUGGAGUUUGAUGAAUUUCUGGAGCUUCCAAUGGAACGUGUGUUAAGAUAUAUUUCUGAUGAUCAUAUAGAUGUAAGAAACGAAGAAAUGGUUUAUUAUGCUGCUCGGAAAUGGAUGAAUCACGACCCCGAUGAACGAAGACAGUAUAUACCUCAGCUGCUGGAACAGAUUCGUCUACCAACAAUGGAUCUGAAAAAUUUACGUCUUUUAGAAUCCGAUCAACUUCUACAGGGUUGUCAUAAAGGCCUUCAGAUGAUCAAAGACGCUCAGACAAAUCGCGAAAGUGUCAAGGCCAAAACUGAACAAAGACGGAGUAGUUUACCUGCCAUUAAAAUUCAUCCACGACCAUCAACCGUUGCUAAGGAAGUUGUUGUUGUUAUCAGUGGUAUUAAUUCGUACAUCACACCCUCGGUAGAGAUGUACGAUUUACAGAAAGGUCGAUGGUUCAAGCUUCCUGAUCUCCCGCGCCUCGUUUCCUGGUUCUCCGCUGCUGCUAUUUCUAAAUGGAUUCUUGUAAUGGGAGGAAUCUGUGACGGACACGUCGUCGACACUGUUUGGAAAUUCGAUGUUGUGCAGAGGCAGUGGACGGAAGCUGCACGCAUGCCUGAACCCCGCGCGAGACAUGCAUGUGCGGUAUUAUGUGAUAGAGUUUAUUUAUGUGGGGGCGUUAACGGGGAUGGAACUCAAUUCGUGGAAUCAAUCAAUAGCUAUAAUCCAUAUGAAAAUUCCUGGUCGAAAGCCGGACAUUCGGAAAACCCCAGAAAACAGUCGUGCAUCGUUCCUUAUAAUAAUACAUUGGUGGAGGUUGGUGGAAUUCAAGGCGAGGCCAUGGUCAACACCAUCGAUAGUUACGUCUGCACUGGAUAUAAACUCCGACACUCCGGAGAACAGUUCCUUCUUCCAUCCAUGAUUCAUUAUGCUCAAAUAGUCGUAGUUAAUGAUAUAUUUUACAUAAUUUGGGAGGACACGAAAAAAAUGAUAGCGCUCGACCCUCACAAACGAACUUUCCAACCCCUACCAGAUUUAUCGGUUGCCCGGUUACACUGCGCUACGACUGUGUUACAUGGAAAGAUAUAUGUGUCGGGCGGAUUAAUUGAUACCAAGCCAUCUCGUUUAGUAGAAAGUUUUGAUCCUGUUUCAAAACGUUGGACGGUUGAGAAACCUAUGAAUGAAGAACGUGCAUAUCAUUGUUGUGUGAGUUUACAAAUGUGUUGAUGUUUGUACGCGUGUAUGUUGUUUUCUCAUAUUUAUACAUUACGUUAUUCCUGUGAAUUAUCUCCUCCUGAUUGCUCCAAAACAAUCUGAUAAAAAUACAGAUCCUAUUUCUUUUCGUUUUUUAUAAUUCAAAUUUUCGUUUUACUUAUCUUUACUACACUAGGAUCUGGAAGAGUUGUUAUAUUACAAGCCUGUUACGGCGAAUUCUUGGCAUGCCAUGCCCGGAUCUGUGGGUAAACCUCUAGAAAUGUCAACGCUGAUUGAUUAAUCAAUGUCUGAUGUCAUAGGGUCAAAAGCCGCUCAUACAACACUGACAGAUCUUCAUGCAGUGUAGGCUAUCGAAAGUAUUAAAUAACGAAACGAAAUAUAGAUCUGUAUUUUAAUCAGAGUGGCUCCAAAAUUAGUGCCGAUAAUCGGGUAAAAUAUUAUGCAUCGAUGUAUUUAAAGCAAACAUCGAUAUUCAAUACUCUCGUUGAUGCAUUGGUAAAUUUUCACCAUCACCGAAACUCGCUAUUUGAACGAAAAUUCCUUGCCUAAAAUCUUUGAUAUAAAUUUGUAUAAAUUUGUCAGUUUAGUACCUACAAUAAUACUAGUGCCUAUCUUUAUUACAGAUUCGAUAAUAUUUAUAACCUUUUUGUAAAGAAAAGUCUGGAAUUAUUUUUAUUUCGUUAAAAAAAGCAGAUAAGUACGAUAUAACUAUAUUUACAUGGAACAGAGCAUGACCUCAUCACCGCCAUCUUGGAACCAGGACAUCAUAUAAAAAUCGAUGUGCAAUUGUCAAAUGAACAAGCAUAUCAAGUUUCAUGUCAAUAGUAUUUCAAUUGAUGGAGCAUUAGAAUUUUUUUCAUGAGCGUUGCUCUACGAAGAACAAGAAUAACCGCAAGUUCCUUGGGCUAAAUCUAUUUGUUAAGGCCAGCUCAAUUUUUGUCGAGGUUGCUGAGAUGUAAAUAAGGUUAGGGCACGUGAUUGUUGGCGAGAUUGUAGGUUAGGAUUAAGAAUUUGGGGGAGAGGUUUAGUCAUGUGUCAUGAAUUUUCCGGGGAUAUAACUUGGUAUAAUAAUUAUAGGGGGUGCACGAAACCGUUAAAUCUCCCUUAUAUAUGAAGCAAGUCUAAAGCUAAGGUUUUUCUUGGAAUUUUUUUACGUUUUUUCUCCAUUCGAUGCAUCAUUAAAUAACGGCACUACCACAAAUGUAUGACAGUGUGUGAGAUCCAUCCCUGCUUGAUUUGUACCCAAUCUGAUUAAAAUACAGAUCUAUA